AUGGCGGCGCCCAUGAAGCGAGAGGAAAAGUCGGCCAUGUUGAAAAACAGCCCACCAGCCUCGACAAAGGCCUGGGAUCGAGGAGGUAGUCACAAGGUUAUUAGUGCUGCUGAACGACUGACACUGACAAUACGAUUUCUUGCCACUGGCGAGACUUACAGAUCCUUGAGCUUCCAGUUCCGAAUCUCGAAGUCGGCAAUUUCUUACAUUGUCAACGAGGUGUGUCAGGCCAUAGAGAAGAAUCUUGCGUCAAGGUACCUCAAGUUUCUUUCCACACUCGAAGAAUGGGCCAACGUUGCAUCUCAGUUUGAGCAGCGAUGGAACUUUCCCAAUUGUAUUGGGGCCAUCGCUGGUAAACACGUAGUUAUCCAGCCACCUGCUAAUGCUGGUUCUUAUUAUUAUAAUUACAAGCAUACCAAUUCGAUUAUUUUGAUUGCUGCUGCUGGCCCGGACUAUGAAUACAUUUAUGCUGAUGUGGGUACAAAUGGGAGAAUUUCAGAUGGAGGAGUGUGGAACAAGUGUAGCCGAUCCCAGGGAAGAGAAGACGGUAGUGUUUCUCUCCCUCCACCAAAGUGCCCUCCAUAUGGGGUGACCGAAGCACCUUAUGUUUUUGUCGGUGAUGAUGCCUUUGCUCUGAAGAAAAACAUGAUGAAGCCGUAUGCCCAGAACGCGCUCACCGUGGAAAAAAAGAAUUUUUAA